AUGUCACUGGUGAAGAACAUUCACGCCUUAAUGAAGGACAUGAUCGAUAUGAAGAAAAGUAUGAACACAUUGGAAACAUCCCAGAAGAAUACAGAUGAACAAGUGGCCGCCUUAAAACAGGUGGUUGAGAAACUAAAAAGAGAAAACCAAAGACUCGAGCUAAAAAACAGGCGCUAUGAAGAAACUUUCAGAGCUGUUACAGAAAAUUUCACCAAAGUCGACGAACACAUUCAACAGAUUGUGGAAGAGUUGGAGGAUAAAAGAGAACGUUUUGAGACCAACACUAGUGUAGUACUUGCGGAUCUUAAAGUUGAAGUUCGGUACCUGUCAGUGACUCUUUUGGACUUAAAUAAACAUACUUUGGACAUUGAUAAGAAAUUCCCGGAAAUGAUGCUGAAAAAAUAUGAACAAUUAUCUUUGAGAUUGAACACUUCUGUGGAGAACUUAAACAAGGAUAUAAUGACAACAAAUAAAACAAUGCUUCAAUCAGUGUCUGACCUUGAGAACUCACAAAAAAUAGACAAAAUUCUAUAUCUGGUUCAUCACUGA